AUGACCGAAGACUGCCUGUCCUACGAACUCGACUUGAAUAUCAACGAGCUGGAAAGAACGAAGAUACAGCUUAAAAUGAAUAGUAUCACGAAAAAACAGGCCGUCAAAUUCAAUGAGCAACUCUGGGGUCAACGAAUCAAUCUCAACGGUCUCCGUUUCCGGGCCUCAGUGGACCUUUACGAUAGCGAAUUGCCCGACAUGAAGGAGAUGAAUAUCAGAUCAAACCAGAACAGGAUGAACGCUCGGCUCGCUGUUAAUCUCUACUUCACCAAAUCUAACCGACAGCUAUGUACCGGGCUCCAAAAGGACCCGAAACGAAAAAACGAUCUGACGCAGAGGAAAUUUAGAACAGAAUUGAUUGAUGUCUAUAACUCAAGAGACCCUACGGAUCCUACCUUCUUAUGGUGUCCAGUCUUAAGGGCUUACUUCGAUCCGAGUCUAAUGACAGCGGCCCAUCUCAUGCCAUACGCUAUGCCGGACAAAUUCAUUGAAGAAGUUUGCGGACCUGGCUCGUCUCUAUAUAAGAUGAAGCCAGAAAAUGGAUUGAUGCUCAAUUUUCGAGUCAAAAAAGCUUUCGAUAUGGGCCAUAUCUUCAUAGCCCAGACCCAAGACUCAUCCCCUGAAAAGCCUGAAUUCGAAGUCAUCAUUUCGCUGAUCCAAGAGCUACGUCUCCGGAAGCCCUGGCCAACCAUUGGGCCGUACCUAUGGGAGUCUGGUUAUUUGCAGGAUUGGACGAAGGAGAUUGGUCUCCCUUUCGAUGCCGAUUUGCUGGAAGACGUAUACAAGGCUGCUGAUAAAGAAGCUGAUCCGAACUGGAAGGCACAGGUUAUGGAGCUCCCUGAACGCGAGAGAACGCUUGUUCGCAGGUCGACUUUGCAGGACUAUCUUGGCAACAAAAGAGCGGUCCAGGAGGAGGAGGAGGAAGAAGAAGAAGAAGAAGAAGAAGAAGAAGAAGAAGAAGAAGAAGAUGAUGAUGAUGAUGAUGACGACUCGGAGCUAGACGAUGACACCAGCGUAUGCGAAUGA